AUGUCUGCAUAUAUAGUAGAUAAAGGUAAUGAACAAAAAAAGAGUACGGUUGAACACUUGCAAGAUGUAUAAAAUCAAUAUGAAGUAAUAUUAUCGAUUUAUAAUUUAAUAGUCAGCAUUCAACAAUAUUAAUAAUAAGUUAAAUUCACUCCUGAAUCAAACAUCCGAUUUUAAGAAUCUUGAUUCUAAAAGAUCCCUCUAAACAUUAGACAUUUCUUCUAUCCUAAAUUUCCCUAAAUUCAAAUUUGAUGGCGGAAAUUUUUCUUAAAAACUCUGUUAAGAGGUAUAGGAAAUAAUUUAAACUAAAGUUAAGAAACAAAUAAAAAUUAAAUAAGAAUCUUUAAAGUAAGUACAAAAGAAAUAAGUUUAAGAAUAAGUUUAAGAAGUUAAACACAAUUUAGAAUAAAACUUUGAAUAUUGCAAGAAGGAAUUUAAGUAAUAAAUAGAAUAGAAAUUAUAAGAUAAGGAGACCUAGUAAUAACUGAAGAGUCAAUAAAAUAUUCAAUAAUCAUAAAUAAUAUACUAGCCAAUUCAUCAAUCUAGUUAGAAACCAUUCACUUAUUAACAUAUGGAACAAUAUUCAGUUUAAUAAAAUGAGAGGUGUUUAGCAAUAGCUAUUAAUAAAGAUUGUUCAAAUUUGUUGGCUGGAUGUAACUCAUAAAUAAAAGUAUUUGAAUUUAAACAAGGAAUUCUGAAACAAUUUAAAUAUUAAGUGACCAUAAAGGUGAUGUCAACACUUUAAACUUCAUGUAAAAGUAGAGUUAGUUUAUUUCUGCUAGCGAUGAUAAUUCUAUUAUUAUAUGGAAAAAUAAUUUUAAUAAUAAAUGGAUUUAAUAAUAGAGAUUAGAAGGACAUGGCAGCGGUAUCUCAUGUUUGAUAGUAAAUAAUAAUGAAAAUAUCAUUAUAUCCGGUAGUCAGGAUAAUACUAUUUAAUUUUGGAUUAAAAAGAAUGAAUGGUUGUGGAAUUAAACAAUUACAGAUCAUACUGAUUGGAUAUAUGGAUUAAGUUUUAAUUAAUAAUAAAAUAAAGUUAAAUCUUGUGGCUCUGAUAAAAAGAUAUUAAUAAUAUAACAAUCACUAUAGAAUAAAGAAUGGAGUGUUACAUAAGAGAUUAUAGUUGCACAAGAUGGAUAUAGAAUAUGUUUUAUUGAUAAUAAUAUUUUCACAUUCUAACCAUAUAAUGGAGAAUAGUUAUCUAUUUUCGGAAUGAACAGUACAAAUAAAAAGUAUGAAUAAAUUAAAGCUAUAUCAGUUCAAUGUGGAUCAGAUGGUAAUUGUUUAUUUCCUUAAUAAUAUAUAAUCUAAAAAUGCAUGUUAAUGAGCAAGAGUGAUUAAUAUGUCAAUUUAAUAAGGAAAAAAUAAAAUGGAGAGUUAGUUACUGAAUAAUCUAUUUAUUUUGGAACAUAUGAUUUAUAUGGGGUAAUGAGUGAUAAUGGAGAGUAUUUGAUUACGUGGGAUAAGAAAUCAAAUUAGAUUUAAAUUAGAAAAUAUCAAGAAGUAUGA